GACACGAUUCAUCAGCUGGAGAACGAGCUUAGAGGAACGAAGUGGGAAAUGGCACGCCACUUGAGGGAAUACCAGGAUCUCCUCAAUGUCAAGAUGGCCCUGGAUAUCGAAAUCGCUGCCUACAGGAAGCUACUGGAGGGUGAAGAGACAAGAUUCAGUGCCUUCUCUGGAAGCAUUACUGGACCCAUAUUCACGCACAGACAACCAUCUGUCACAAUAGCCUCCACUAAAAUCCAGAAAACAAAGAUUGAACCACCAAAGCUGAAGGUCCAGCACAAGUUUGUAGAAGAAAUCAUUGAAGAGACAAAGGUAGAAGACGAGAAGUCCGAAAUGGAAGAUGCCCUAGCAGCUAUUGCAGAAGAAAUGGCGGCCAAGGCCCAGGAAGAAGAACAGGAGGAAGAAAAAGCAGAAGAAGCAGCUGCAGAGGAAGAAACCGUUUCUGAGAAGGCAGCUGCAGAACAGGCAGCCGCACCUGAGGAAGAAGAGAAGGAGGAAGAGGAAGCAGAGGAGGAAGAAGCUGCAAAAUCUGAUGCAGCAGAAGAAGGAGGUUCUGAAAAAGAAGAAAUAGAGGAAAAGGAAGAAGGGGAGGAGGCUGAGGAAGAGGGGGAAGAAGCUGAGGCCAAGGGCAAGGCUGAAGAGGUAGCGGCAAAGGUAGAGAAGGUCAAAUCACCUCCCUCUAAGUCACCCCCUAAAUCCCCCCCUAAAUCCCCUGUAACAGAGCCAGCCAAGGCUGUCCAGAAAGAAGCAGCUCCAGAAGCAGGAAAAGAACAGAAGGUGGAGAAAGGCGGCGAGAAGCCAGCCAAGGAGGAAGAGAAAGCAGCGUCUCUGGAGAAGCCAGCGACACCAAAGGUAGCCUCUCCAGACAAGGCAGCAACCCCAGAGAAGGCUGCGACGCCAGAGAAGCCUCCCACCCCAGAGAAAGCAGUGACCUUGGAGAAGCUGGCAACGCCUGAGAAGGCGCGUUCUCCAGAAAAGCCAGCCACCCCAGAAAAGCCUCGCUCUCCGGAAAAGCCGGUGACUCCGGAGAAGCCCCAUUCUCCGGAGAAGACCCGUUCUCCAGAGAAGCCGGCCUCCCCGGUCAAAGAUAAGGCUGUGGUGGAGGAGACCAUCACUGUCACAAAGGUAACAAAAGUUAGUGCGGAGGUAGAGAAAGAGUCCAGGAAAGAAGACAUUGCAGUGAAUGGUGAGGUGGAGGAGAAAAAGGAAGAGGAGGAAUCCAAAGAGAAGGAGGUUGAGGAGGAAGACAAGGGAGUUGUCACCAAUGGCCUAGAUGUGAGCCCAAUUGACGAUAAGGGUGAGAAAAUUGUAGUAACCAAAAAAGCAGAGAAAGUCACUGGUGAAGGUGGGGACAGUACAACCACGUAUAUCACAAAGUCAGUGACAGUCACUCAGAAGGUAGAGGAACAUGAAGAAAGCUUUGAGGAGAAAUUAGUGUCCACCAAGAAAGUGGAGAAAGUUACUUCACAUGCUGUAGUAAAAGAGAUUAAAGAGACCGAAUAAAAUAAAUCUUAGCUAAAUCUAAAAAAAAAAAAAAAAAAUUAAAGAGCUUGGGUUGGUGCAAAAGGUUAAGCCAUAUGACAGCUGCAAAAUGCAUGUGAGUGACGGCUUCAAAGCAGAACGGGUUCUCUCAUGGAGGCUCCAGACACACAGUAUUUUACUUUUUUUGUGCAAUAUAGGGGAGGGGGGGGGAAUGCAUGCAGGCUCAAGAUGUGCUCCCUCCACAGAGCUUGGGGAUCUAAAAUAAUACUAAUAAUAGUGCAUGAGACGAAAUGUGCAAAGGAAGCUUUCUGAAUUUCCUGAGCUGUUGGAGGGACAUAUCUGAGGAAUGACUUAAGAUGUAUUAUGCAAAGAACCAACUGAGCCAAAACCAAACAGAAAACAGUCAUAGAAUAUUCCUGAGAACCAGAACUCUCCUAGCCUUAAAAAAAAAAAAGCUACUUAUAAAUAAUUAUGUUUACCUCACUGGUGCAAUUAGGGUGGACUUUUGCUCAUGGGAGAACCUAGUUGACAUGCACAGUAUGCAACCUUUUGUUGUUUGAUGUAAAAGUCACAGCAGUUCUUGCUCAAUAAAGGUCAAUACUGAAAACAUGA